CCGAAGAAAGGUUUUUAUGGUGGAUUAUGCUCCGCCUCUCUCAUCCCAGUGUGUAUUAUCGUAAAUUCAAUUGAGAGUAAGGCGGUAAACCCAACGUGGUGCAUCAGUCAGUGACGGGGGCUCAUACAGCGAUCAUUCAUCAUUGUUCACUUUGGCGAAUGAUGUUCGGUGCAUCCGAUAGUCGGUAAACCCGGUGGUCAAGCAUUAGGUUUCCGGGUACUGAAACGGUGCGUCCUUCGAAAGUGUUUUUCGAUCACGUAGACAGGGUGACAACGGUUUAGCAUUCCACAUCGAGUUUCUUAUCGGGGAUGGAUAUUGAAUGAAGCUGAUGACGUGAAAAUUGUUGCAAAAUUGUAAAAAAAAAACAGUGGGUGGUAGGCACAAGCGACAACGACGGUGAAUUGGUCGGUGAUCUGACUUGUUGGUGAAAACGGCAAAACGGUUAGUGGUUUGUGCGAAUCUUUCGUCGCAAUAUUACCGAGGAGGCCACAGACAUGGAUGAUAUUAGAGCGGCUUUGGCGGAUGCUGAUCCAUUUAGCAGCUGGUGGCCGUUCGUUAUUUCCGGAAUCGUGUUUCUGGUUGCUACCAUCAGAAUGUACAUGGGAGGCCAGGUAUGCCCGAACUCAAAUUCCAUCCGUGAGCAGGUGGUCGUUGUAACGGGGACCAGCGGUGGAAUCGGGAAGGUAUUGUGCCAGGAGCUGGUGCGACGCUCGGCACACGUCAUAAUGGCAUGUCGCUGCCUGGAGAAAGGCGUCCGCGCACGGCAAUCAAUCAUCCGUGAAAUUCCUGGUGCCUCACUGGAGCUGCUGCCACUUGACUUGCGCUCCUUUGACUGCGUCCGGCGGUUCGUACGGGAGCUUCAAACGCGCCACACGCAUAUUGACGUGCUGAUCAACAACGCCGGUAUCAUAUUUCAUCCUGAGGAGCGAACAACCGAUGGCUUUGAGGCACAUCUGCAGUGUAACUAUCUGGGUCCAUUUUUGCUUACACAGCUGCUGCUGCCGAUGCUGGAAAAAGCGCCACAGGGUCGGAUAAUUAAUGUCUCCGCACAUGGGUACACAGCAGGCAAAAUGAACAUCGAGGAUCCACUCAACAUCGGAGCCUGGGCACCCACGUUCCACGCGAGAGAUGCAUUCGCCCACUCCAAGCUUGCCGUCGUGAUGGCCACCCGAAUACUGGACAGGAAACUGAAGGCAGACAAAUCCAGAAUAACGGUAAACGCUUGCAGUCCUGGGUUGGUUCGGGGGACCGAUCACCUGCGAUACUCACCAAUUAUGAAGGCCCUGUUUGCCAAGGCGCUAACCUAUCCAUGGAUGUGGCUAUUUAUGAAGAGCCCCUACCAGGGGUCGCAAACAAUGGUUCGUCUGGCGACUGACCCAGCGCUGAGUGAAAUUUCUGGAGAAUUCUUCAAUGACUGCGAACGAACAGACAUUACGGAACUUGCCAAGGACGAUUUAAUAGCGGAGAAACUGUAUAAAGAAACCUUAAUAGCAUUAAAGUUGUAGAGAUUUACAAUGAUUAUGAACGAAUUUUCGUUCCAAUAUAAUAAAGUAUAGCGUAAUGGAAAAAAAUGAAUUCCCUAAUAAUGCA